UCUGGCUCCCCAUGACCCAGCGCUGGGCUGCAGCUCCAGGGAUGUACUGGGGCAGCAUCCCAAAAGGAAGGGAUUUCGGGAAGAGCCAAGCUGGGGUGUAUGGAAACAAGCCCUGUCUGCCAGCACUGUUUCCUAAUCCUGGGGACCAAAACCCUCUGAUCGUUAAACCAGUGUUCAGAGCUUCAGCUGAAGGCUGCUGAGCAGACACCAUCCAAGCUGACCUUUGAGGAGAUGAGGGGAAAAAAGAAACAAGGGAAAACACAAGGGGGUUACUGUGCAAACACCGGAGGAAAAUAGUCAUUUUAAUGAGGAACCCCACCCUUAAAUAAGACUUAUUGCUAAUGCAUGCCCAGGACAUUUCUGCAUGAUGCCAUGUUAAAAACAUCCUCUCUGAACAGGGACCAAAGGCUUUGUUGUGGCAUGAGUGAGGCUUACAGUCCCCCAGAAAAAUCCUGUCCCUCUCUUACAUCAUACAGUCGGGGAUGGAGAGGACAUUUCUAGACAAAAAGGCAGCCAGCCAGGAAGGAGGACAAACAGGGAAUACAUUCCUGACUCACUAUUCAAUUGCUUUCGUGCAGGUGCAAAGAGCUAAAUGAAAGGGAAAAAAAGGAUGAGCAUGUGGGGCCAAUGUAAUCUCAGCUUUAAGCAGGGGCCUAACGCCAGGAGGAGGUGGCUGCUGGAACAAGCAGGCUUCCACACGACUUCUUCACGGGUUUUGUGCCUUUUCUCCCCCCACGAACUAGGCUUUCCUGUGGUGCUGGGGGGUGAUGCUCCUGCCAGGGGAUGUUUGCAUCGGCGUUGCCAUCUGCAGAUGCCUGCGUUUGCCUGUGCUAAAAACAGCAUCGCUCCUGACUCGCAAGGGGAGAUCUUGCUGCUUUAAGGAGUUUGUUGCAGGGAUGUGAUGCAAAGACGCGCUGGAGCAUCCUGACUCGGCACCGCAGUGGUGGGAGACCCGUGGGGAAAGACAAGGAGCAUUUUCUCUUGGCGUCAGGGCAUGCGUAUGCCAGGGGAUGAGUGACGAGCAGCUCCUCACAUCUCCUGAUGCCCCCACCAAGGAGGAGGAUGCCAACGUCUCGGCCUCCAUCUGCCCUGAACGCUGGGUCGAGCCCCGGUUCACACAAGCGGCAAGGGUGCGGGUGAUCAUCACGGUCAUCUUCUUCCUGCUGGCAGCAGGCAGCAACGCGGCGGUGCUGGGCAGCCUGCUGAGGAAGAGGAGGAAAUCCCACGUGCGGCCACUGAUCCUCAGCCUGGCGCUGGCCGACCUGCUGGUGACGGUGACGGUGAUGCCCCUGGAUGCGGCGUGGAACGUGACGGUGCAGUGGUACGGAGGGGACAUCUCCUGCAAGCUCCUCAACUUCCUCAAGCUCUUUGCCAUGUAUGCGGCCGCCCUGGUGCUGGUGGUCAUCAGCCUGGACCGGCACGCGGCCAUCCUCCAUCCCUUCUCCCGCGCUCGCCGCCGCAAUGGGCUGCUGCUCCGUGCUGCCUGGGCUGGCAGCUUGCUCCUGGCUUCACCCCAGCUUUUCCUCUUCCACCUGGACACAGCCCCAGGAGGGAACUUCACUCAGUGUGUUACUCAUGGGAGCUUCCGAACGCACUGGGAGGAAACCGUGUAUAACAUGUUCACCUUCACCACCCUCUACAUCACCCCCCUGAGCGUUAUGAUUGUUUGCUACACCCGGAUCAUUUGGGAGAUCAGCAAGCAGCUAAAGAUCAAUAAAGGUUUGAUAAGAAAUCAAAGUGACCACAUCUCCAAGGCACGCAUGAAGACUCUGAAGAUGACCAUAGUGAUUGUUGCCACCUUCAUCAUCUGCUGGACCCCAUAUUACCUCCUGGGCUUGUGGUACUGGUUCCAGCCAGCCAUGAUCCAGAAGAUGCCGGAGUAUAUCAACCACAGCUUCUUUCUCUUUGGCUUGCUGCACACCUGCACCGACCCUAUCAUCUAUGGACUGUACACCCCGUCCUUUCGGGAGGAUGUGCAGUUGUGUCUCAGGGGCAUUGAGACAGCCAUUACCAGGCACGAGAGACACAAACCCAUCUCAGCCUCAGAGAAGAACACCAAGGAUGGUGCUGUAAAUGGUGGGGUGGCAUCAGGGUGCUCCAAUGGGACAACUGUCAACACGGCCUGCUGAAGACACAUACCCACGAGGAGAUGGGAUGCACAGCUUUGGGGACUACUUUGUCCCAUAGGAUCAUUCUGGAGACUUAUAUAGAGGUUUGCCACCCAAAUUUGGUGGGUGAGGGUCCGUGGCCAGAAACUGGGAAUGUGUCUCCUACCUGUACUCAGGGUGAAAAACAUUUGGGGGUAGUUAUGGUCAUUCUUCCAUAUUCUGGCAGCCCUGUGACAACUAGAAAACCAUCUUUUUUGUACCCUACACAUGCUCUGGCCCUGAUUCUGGGAUCAAGCAUCUGCAGCAUCAACCCCUGGGAGGAGCCCAGCACUAAAUGGUGUCACCCUGAGAGGCUACAGAGGUGCAAUCACAGGCUUUUACUCUGUUUCCUCCACCCACUGCAGGAAAAGCUCUCUGGAAAUCUCGGAUCUCCUGGCUCAGAGCCUGCCUGGUUCUCCCACAACUGUGUGUCAAGCCCUGGGAAGGAUCUAAAUCUUUGGGGAGUGACUAAUGCCGGGGCAUUAGUCCCCCUGGACAUGGUGGGAAGAGAGGAGGUGCUGUGGGGAUGGAGGAAGUCAAGCAAGAGGGGUAUGAAGAACCAUGGUGGGAUCAGAUGGGAUGAGAUGGAGUUUCUUCUCCCUUUUGGAGGCAGACAGAAGGGCAAACAGCCCCUACCGCCUUGCUCUGGCAUGCAGAGGGUCAUGCAGACACAUCCUUACACAGCAGCUCUCUGGGACACAUCAUUGACCAGAUUAUGUGGGGUAACCAGAGAGCAAGAACUAGACUCAACGCUGCCCAGCCCCUCUUGGCUGCUCCUGUCCCAGGGCAUGAGCUGGCAGCUCACAGACCAUGUGUGGGCUGUCCCCAUAUUUGCUUUGCCCUAAAGGCUUGUCCCAGCUCCAGCACCUGCAGGUGAUGCCUGGGAUGUGUGAACGAGGAAGAUGAUGGGGUGGAGGGACCACCUCACCCAUUCUGGGUGCUGAUGGUCUUCGGCUGCACCAGGAGGUCAAGGGAGGCUGCUGGAGGGAUCAGCGGGUCUGUGAUGUAAAGAUAUUGCAAGUUUAAACGAUGGAAACAUGAUCAAGGUUAAAGGCCGGACAUACUCCAGGUGGUGUUCUCCCAAGGUUUUAGUUGGCACAGCUUUGCCUCCGGCCUGGCUCAGGCAUUGAUGAAUGGC